AUGGCUGCUCUAGACAACGACCAGGUCCGGUCUCUUGACCAAACCCGCCAGCUGCUUCUCUCCCUCCACACUUCCCUCGUCGCCCUUCGAUCCGACAUCUCCCAAAACCCGCAACUCCCUUCCUGGCCUGCGCUGCAAACCCAUGCCAACCUAAUAUCCAGCAACCUGCAGACCAUUACCGAGAGUCUGUCCAGACAUCGAGACGCUUUCUCUUCUGCCGUCGUCCACCCUCUCCCUCAAUUCCCGGCUAAGGAACGUGCUUUCAUUCUGGAGACUCUGCUUCGUACAAAAUUCGAACCAAAUAUUGAAGAAUGGGUCGAGGAAGGCGAGGCUGUAGCCAGUCGACAGCACCGACCCGCCCAGCGUGGUCUCACCGACGCCGACCGUGACGCUCUUUGGCAAUGGGCUCCCGGUGCUGCAAAUGCUGAAGCAAGGAAACAGAAAUGGGGUGCUGAUUACACUCUAGAGGAAAAGCAGAAUGGAAUCGAAAAUGUCACGACCGGUCUGCGCAGAGAACUUAUCGAGCCCCCCGAUGAUGAGGGCGCCGAGGACGAUGACGAUGAUGAAGAAUAUGAUGAAGUCACCGACGAUGAAAACGACGCAGAAGACAAGAUGGAUGUCGAACAAUCCAAAUCCGAAGCCACACCAUCCUCUACAGAAAUCAAACCUCCGUCAUUGCACACCGCCCAAAUGCCUCUUGCAACCUUACAUAGAUUCAUGACCACGGGCCGAUAA